CCUCUCUCUCUCUCUCUCUCUCUCUCUCUCUCACUCUCUCUCCCAUCCUCUUCUCUUCCUCUGAAAAUAUUAACUAUAAAGGAGAAAUAACCAUCAUAGGAACUGAUAAGGUAUAUAAGCUAUAUUCAUCAAACCAAAUUUUUGCAUAUUCUCCCAUUUAGAAAUUUUCUUUUCUUUUUUUCCUUUUAUUUUGGCAAAGGCUUAAUCUUUUUGGAAUUCUCUGAUAUCAACAGAUCAAGUCUUCCUUCUUUUCUUUUCCUUUUUCUUUUUUCCUCCUCCUCCUGUACUAAGCUCUGCCUAUCUGAGCAUCUGCACUGCAUCUUUUCUUUCUGUCUGUCUUCCAAUAUGACAGCCAGAUUAACAGCAUCAUCAUAAUCAUCGCCAUAGUUUUUAAGAUUGGUAUCACAAGCAUAGCUUAACUAUUAGGUCAUGACUUGCAAUGGGAUGGCUUUCUUCCCAGCAAAUUUUAUGCUUCAAACUCCUCAUGAAGAAGAUCAUCAAAAUUCCACUUCUCUCAAUCCAAUUCUUCCGUCAUGCACACCUCAAGACUUCCAUGGGGUGGCAUCAUUUUUAGGGAAGAGGUCAAUGUCAUUUUCAGGAAUAGAUGCAUCAUGUCAUGAAGAAGCUAAUGUAGAAGAUGAGUUGUCUGAUGAUGGAUCACAGGCAGGAGAGAAGAAAAGAAGGCUUAAUAUGGAACAAGUAAAGACACUUGAGAAAAACUUUGAAUUGGGUAAUAAACUUGAACCUGAAAGAAAAAUGCAGCUGGCUAGAGCUCUUGGUCUGCAACCAAGACAAAUUGCUAUAUGGUUUCAAAACAGAAGAGCUAGAUGGAAGACCAAGCAACUAGAAAAAGACUAUGAUCUUCUUAAAAGACAAUUUGAAGCUAUUAAAGCUGAUAAUGAUGCACUUCAAGCCCAGAACCAGAAGCUUCAUGCAGAGAUAUUGGCGCUGAAAAGCAGGGAACCAACUGAGUCAAUUAACCUGAAUAAAGAAACUGAAGGUUCUUGCAGUAACAGAAGUGAAAAUAGCUCUGAUAUCAAGUUAGAUAUUUCAAGAACACCAGCAAUUGACAGUCCAUUAUCAAAUCAUCCAACAAGUAGACCUCGUUUUCCACCUACAUCGAUGAGGCCAACAGGUGUGGCACAACUUUUCCAUACCAACAGCUCUUCAAGGCCUGAUCAUCAUGUCCAAUGCCAUAACAAGAUUGACCACAUGGUUAAAGAAGAAAGCCUUAGCAAUAUGUUCUGUGCCAUCGAUGAUCAAACUGGGUUUUGGCCAUGGCUCGAGCAACAACAUUUUAAUUAAGAUGUCGACUGUCCAGACCAUAUUGGAAUUAUUAUACACCACUAUCCAAAGUUUGGCUUCGUUGUUCUUUAUCAUUUUUAUAAUUAAUUAAGUCCAUGUCCUGGUACUUAAUUAGGGUUGGUGUAUAAAUUAGGAUUAUAUCAAGUUGAAAUUUCAGCUAUGGGUGGAGGAUGAAGUUAGGGAAAGGGCUUAUUAAGAUCUUUUUAUGAUGAGGAAUAAAGGGUUUAUCUGUGUCUUUUGAGUUAUAUACAAAGCUUUUUGCUUAGAUUGGUUUUUUCAUUAGAGAGAUGAAUCAAUGGAUGUUUGUUUACUAGGUUGGAUUUUUCUGGAAUCCAAGCGAAAUUUUAUUUUGCUA